UUGCUAUUGACCUCCACGCUGAUCCUUUCUAUUGACAUGUUCAAUCUCAAGGAGUCGACCAAUGCAAAUAGUCAAGAGCGAGUAAGGAGACUCUGACAAGCAGAGCUCUGUCCGAUACUCGAUCUCUGCCCUCAGCUCAUUCUGGCAACCGGACAGAUUGGAGUCGGUACGCAAAACAAAGCAGCGUGUUUUCUGUACGGUGCACUGGGUGCACCUGAGGCAGUACCGCUCCGCACCUUGUCAAACAACAGCGGCAACAUGGAUCUCUUCGCUUCCUCCAUCGAUGUCUUUUUCCUGCUCUUAACACUGGCGCUCAUCCCAGCUUCACAGUGGAUGACAGAAUCUCAUCAGCCUCUCGAUCACGGCCCUCCUCAUACACCCCUCUCAUCGUCAUUCCUGAAAGUCCGAUCGACCCAGUCCACACCUACAGCCUCUCCACUGGCUUCUCCCAAACCUUCCUCGGACCUCUUACAAGUCCCUGAGAUUCGGCUUGUCCCCGAACGACCCAAAGGCCACAAGCGGAAAUCCGUCUCGUUCUCCCUGUCUUCAAUGGAAGAGCUUCACCAAAGCUCUGCAGGUGGCAUGGACCCAAAGAAACGACCCCCUACUCCUUACGUCCUUGGGCCUAGUAGUCCUGGUAAGAUCAACGACGAUGACAAUCAACCUGGUGAUGGCUUGCCUCAUGGACCCAUGAGCCCACUAGCGCAUAGCAAGCAUGUUGUGGACCCGAUGGGAGUGGAGAAGAAAUGGUUGCUGCCUUAGGCCCUUCUACCUUGUCUUUGAAUAGGCGGCUUGUCAGAUGUUGAUCACGCUCGUUUACUAAAAGCACACUCAUUUUGGAUCAUCCUGCUGCAUCUUAUUUCUCAUAAUCUCGCAGACAGACACU